ACGGACUCGGGCUCCCUCCACCGGAAGUGGGCGGCCGCGCUGCGGGAGGAGCCGGGGGUAGCUUAGUAGCUGUGGGCUGUGGGCGCCGGGUCCGGGGGGAUCGCGCUUCCUCCUCCGCGCCAUGGCGAAGGCCGGCGACGUGGUGCGGCUGCUCCUGGGCUCCACCGCACUCUGGCUCUCGCUGCUCGGCGCGCGGACCGCCUCCGCGUCCAAGGCGGUGACUGCCAACUUGGCCGCGAAGUGGCCGGAGACCCCGCUGCUGCUGGAGGCCAGUGAAUUUAUGGCAGAAGAAAGUAAUGAAAAAUUUUGGCAGUUUUUGGAAACUGUACAAGAAUUAGCAAUUUAUAAACAAACAGAAUCAGAUUAUUCUUACUACAACUUAAUCCUGAGGAAAGCUGGACAGUUUUUAGACAAUUUACAUAUCAAUCUCUUAAAGUUUGCUUUCUCUAUAAGGGCAUACUCUCCAACUAUUCAGAUGUUUCAACAGAUUGCAGCCGAUGAGCCUCCACCAGAUGGCUGUGUUGCAUUUGUGGUCAUCCAUGAGAAACACACGUGUAAAGUUAAUGAGAUUAAAAAGCUGUUGAAGAAGGCUACUUCAAGGCCCAGACCUUAUCUGUAUAAAGGAGACCACAAAUUUCCUGCAAACAAAGAGAACUUACCAGUGAUUAUCCUCUAUGCAGAAAUGGGUACCAGAGCAUUUCGUAAAUUUCACACGGUGUUGUCUGAAAAAGCUCAAAAUGGGGAAAUUCUUUAUGUUCUUCGGCAUUAUGUUCAGAAACCAGCCUCACAGAAAAUGUACUUAUCUGGCUAUGGUGUGGAGCUAGCUAUUAAGAGUACAGAAUACAAAGUGUUGGAUGAUACCCAAGGCAAAACUGUGACUAAUACUAGUAUAGAAGAUAUUACAGAAACAAAUGAAGUUCAAGGAUUUCUCUUUGGGAAAUUAAAAGAAAGAUAUUCAGAUCUUAGAGAUAAUCUGACAACAUUCCAAAAAUACCUGAUUGAGAGUAAUAACGAAAUGAUGCCUUUGAAAGUCUGGGAACUACAAGAUCUUAGUUUUCAAGCAGCUUCUCAAAUAAUGUCCACUCCAGUUUAUGAUGCCAUAAAAUUAAUGAAGGACAUUUCGCAGAACUUCCCCAUAAAAGCCAGAUCUCUGACCAGAACUGCUGUAAAUCAACGUAUGAGGGAGGAAAUACAGGAAAAUCAAAAGCAUCUUCAAGAUAGAUUUGAAAUUCAGCCAGGCGAUGCUGGUCUCUAUAUAAAUGGACUUCAUGUUGAUAUGGAUUCUUAUGAUCCUUUUAAUCUUUUGGAUAUGCUGAAACUAGAAGGAAAAGUGAUGAACGGCCUUCGCAAUCUUGGGAUCAAAGAAGAACAUAUGAGCAAAUUUUUAAAGUUAAGCUCGCCUGAUUGGGACGAUACCUAUGCAUUAGAUAUUAGACAUUCUUCCAUAAUGUGGAUUAAUGACUUAGAAACUGAUGAUUUGUAUGUUAUGUGGCCUUCAAGUUGCCAGGAACUCUUGAAGCCAGUGUCCCCUGGAAGUAUACCUUUCAUAAGGCGUAAUUUUCAUAAUUUGGUUCUGUUUAUUGAUCCGGCUCAAGAAUAUACCGUGGACUUUAUAAAACUUGCUGAACUUUUCUUUUAUCAUAAAAUUCCUCUUAGAAUUGGUUUUGUGUUCAUUGUUAAUACAGAUGAUGAAGUUGAUGGAAAAAAUGAUGCUGGAGUUGCUCUUUGGCGAGCUUUCAACUAUAUUGCAGAAGAGCAUGAUGUAUCACAAGCAUUUAUUUCCAUAGUACACAUGUACCAAAAAGUAGAGAAUCACAAUAUACUCACUGUGGACAAUGUGAAGGGUGUUCUCCAAAAUGAAUUUCCUCAUGCUAAUAUUUGGGAUAUUUUAGGAAUUUAUUCUAAAUAUGAUGGUGAAAGAAAGGCAGGAGCAAGCUAUUACAGGAUGACUGGCCUGGGUCCUUUGCCUCAAGCUCUUUAUAAUGGUGAAUCCUUUCACCAUGAAGAGCUGAAUAUUAGGGAACUAGAAACGGCUGUUCUUCACAGAAUGAUGGAUGAAACUGCAUAUUUACAAAAGGAAGUUUUUAUGGGUACAUUAAAUGAUCGAACAAAUGCAAUUGACUUCCUUAUGGAUAGAAAUAAUGUUGUGCCCCGUAUAAAUCCUUUGAUUUUGUACAAUAAAUGGCAGUACCUUAAUUUAAUAUCUACAUCAGUAACUGCUGAUGUUGAAGAUUCCUCUACUUUCUUCUUCUUGGAUUCACAAGAUAAGAGUGCUGUAAUUGCAGAGAACAUGUAUUAUGUAACCCAGGAAGAUGAUGUAAUUUCUUCGGUUACUUUCUGGAUUAUUGCUGAUUUUGACAAACCAUCUGGGAGAAAACUGCUUUUUAAUGCAUUAAAUCACCUGGAAAUAAGUGUUCAUGGUCGGUUGGGAGUUAUUUAUAAUCCUACAUCAAAAAUAGAUGAAGAUAACACAGCUAUUUCCAGAGGAAUUCUGGCAGCUUUUCUUACACUGGAAAACAGCUUUUUGAGAAACUUUCUCAGGAAACUGGCAGAGGAAGAAACUGCUACAGCUAUUUACUCUGGAGAUAAAAUUAAAAGAUUCCUUACUGAGGGAAUGAAUAAAAAUGCUUUUGAGAAAAAAUAUAAUACCAUUGGAGUGAAUAUUUUUCGAACUCACCAGUUGUUCUGUCAAGAUGUACUUAAAUUGCGUCCUGGAGAAAUAGGUGUUGUCAGCAAUGGGAAAUUCUUAGGACCUUUAGAUGAAGAUUUCUGUGCAGAAGAUUUUUACUUGUUGGAAAAGAUAACAUUGACUCAUUUAGUAGAGAAAAUUGAAGACAUUGUUGAAAAUACAGAAGUCAACUCAAAGAACCUGAGUGACCUUGUUAUGAAAAUUGAUGCCCUUCUUUCCUCUUUACCUAAACAUGCAUCUCGGUAUGAUGUCACAUUUCUUGAGGAGAAUCACAGCAUUAUAAAGAUAAAUUCUCAGGAGAAUGAUAUGUCCUUUGAUGUCAUUGCUAUUGUUGAUCCAUUGACAAGAGAAGCACAGAAGAUGGCACAGUUAUUGAUUGUACUUGGCAAGAUUAUCAACAUGAAGAUAAAAUUGUUCAUGAACUGUAGGGGUAAGCUUUCAGAAGCCCCUUUAAAGAGCUUCUACCGUUUUGUUCUGGAACCGGAACUGACGUUACCACCUAAUGAUGUUACUGGACCAGUGGCAAAAUUCUUGGAUAUCCCUGAAUCACCCCUUCUGACCCUCAACAUGAUUACUCCUGAAAGCUGGUUGGUUGAAACAGUACACAGCAACUGUGACCUUGAUAAUAUUCAUUUAAAGGAUAUUGAGAAAACUGUCACAGCAGAAUAUGAACUAGAAUAUCUACUGCUCGAAGGACAUUGCUUUGAUAUAAUCACAGAAGAGCCUCCUUGGGGUCUGCAGUUUACACUGGGCACAAAAAAUAAACCUGUUGUGGUUGAUACAAUAGUGAUGGCCAAUCUUGGAUAUUUUCAAUUAAAAGCAAACCCAGGUGCUUGGAUACUGAAAUUACGCCAAGGAAAAUCUGAAGACAUCUAUCAAAUAGUUGGGCAUGAAGAAACUGACUCUCAACCAGACCUAGGAGAAGUCGUUGUUGUGCUAAACAGCUUCAAAAGCAAAAUACUGGAAGUACAAGUACAAAAAAAGCCAGACAAAAUUCAGGAAGAUAUCCUUUCUGAUAAAGAUGAAAAAAAAGGAGUGUGGGAUUCCAUUAAAAGUUUCACAAGGAGCCUGCAUAAAAAAGAAGACAAUAAGGAAACAGACGUUCUAAACAUUUUUUCAGUUGCUUCUGGCCAUUUAUAUGAACGCUUUUUAAGAAUUAUGAUGCUUUCUGUUUUACGGAACACCAAAACGCCAGUGAAGUUCUGGUUUCUUAAAAAUUAUCUCUCACCAACAUUUAAAGAGGUGAUCCCUCACAUGGCUGAGGAGUAUGGAUUCCAAUAUGAACUAGUCCAGUACAGGUGGCCCCGGUGGCUUCAUCAACAGACGGAAAAACAAAGGAUUAUUUGGGGUUAUAAGAUUCUUUUCCUUGAUGUCCUUUUUCCUCUUGCGGUGGACAAAAUCAUUUUUGUUGAUGCUGACCAGGUUGUGAGACAUGACCUAAAAGAACUGCGAGAUUUUGAUCUGGAUGGAGCUCCUUAUGGGUAUACUCCCUUCUGUGAUAGCCGCACGGAAAUGGAUGGAUAUCGUUUCUGGAAGACGGGAUACUGGGCAUCACAUCUUUUAAGAAGGAAAUACCAUAUCAGUGCCUUAUACGUGGUGGAUCUCAAGAAGUUCAGGAGAAUCGCAGCAGGUGACAGGCUCCGGGGCCAGUACCAAACGCUCAGUCAAGAUCCAAACAGUCUUUCAAACCUAGAUCAGGAUCUUCCCAACAAUAUGAUUUACCAAGUUGCCAUUAAGUCUCUUCCCCAAGACUGGUUGUGGUGUGAAACCUGGUGUGAUGAUGAAUCCAAACAGAGAGCCAAAACAAUCGACCUGUGCAAUAACCCCAAAACAAAAGAACCUAAACUAAAAGCUGCUGCCAGGAUUGUCCCAGAAUGGGUGGAGUAUGAUACUGAGAUACGACAACUAUUAGAUCACCUUGAAAACAAGAAGAAAAAUGCAAUUUUGACACAUGAUGAACUCUAGCACGGGCCUGUGUAAGAAGAUGAGAAAGUAUGACGAGAAAUCUGCCACCUGCUGGGGAAAUGUGGAACUACUGCUAAGACUUCUGAAAGUUUCAUUAAGGAUCAGUGACAUAUUCUUCAAUUUAAAUUAAUUAUUUAAAAAUACAUGUAUUUAAUGUAUUGAAUAAGUUUAAGUUAUAUAAGCAAUGGCCAUUGAGUAUUUAAAACUAGAUUGUUCCUCUUUCCUGAUUGCUUAAAACAGUGUUUUCACCAGUUAAAGUGAUAAUUUUGCCAGAUAACCACGUAGAAGAACGUAUCUGACUAGCUGGUCCUCAUGGGGAAUUAGCAAACCAUCUACAUGUUUGGAUAUUCCAGCUUUAUGUGCAUCCAUAUUUCUUCAUUCAAAAGAGGCUUUUAAAUUAGAGAAAUCUAUUUUGUGUUUUUUCUUCUGAGAAAGGAGGACUCAUGGUUAUCUCCGAAUAAUUUUUUUUUAAAGUAAGCGCAUUUACACCUUAACUGUUGUUUUAAAAUGGAAGUAGUGUCACACUGUAAUUAUUUUGUUUAUCCUAAACUAUAUGAUGUUUUAAUCCUAUGCAGUAUUUGUAUUUUUUUAAUGUUUCUAAUUUUUAUUUUAUAAAACGAUAUUCAUGGGCUUAUGGGGUAUAUAUGUAUUCUUUUUAAAAAAGAACUGGCUAGUUUUAUAGAAACUUAGUUAAGAGUGUAAACAGUUUGUUUUCCUGUUUUAUAUUAAUAAUAGAUGAAUAGGAAUAGUAAAUGUUCAAAAACUAUCCAACUAUUCUAGAAUCAUAGGAUCUUGGGACUGGAGAAGACCUCAAUGUCAUUUGGACCCUGUCCCCUGAAGAAGCUGAUUGAAUAGGGCUGAGGUGAGCGUGGGAAAUCAUGAUUGUCUAAGAAGCUCUCCAGAUGACUCCGGUGAUAAGUGAGGUUUGAGGAACAGCCCCCCUUACAAGGCCCUGCCAGGUGGACCCUCAAGCCAUCUUGGAACCUUCCAGGGCCACAUGGAACUGUCUGCCUCUGGAGACUGGCUGGUCCAUCUUUGGACAACUCCGUACAGAGUUCCACAGUGAGCCCGAAGCUGUCUACUGGCAGUCUCUACUCUCGCUCCUUUGAGCUCUUCUGAACAAACCUAAUCCUUCUCUAUUGGAUGGCACAGCCCACAGAGUAUUUGAAAAUAACACUUUGCCCCCAGCAGCUUCGUUCUUCCGAAUGAGAGAUCACAAGGCCUCUCCCUCUCCCUGUAACCUUCCCUUUGUUACUUGUUUGGGUUUGUCUGUGAUAAAAUGGAGUGUUCCAGGUGUGGCCUGGAAUGGAAGUAGAUUGUUCCUGUGGGUUCCAAGGGUCCUAAGGGAUGCUGUCAGAGGCUUGAGUGGUAACUUGGCCUGGGGUGAAGACCCCAGUUCCAUGGGGUCUCCGGUUCACUCCUCUUUGGAGUCGGGGCUUGGUGAGAGGGUAAGAGUCUCUGUAAGCUUCUAGCUUAGACCAGAUGCUCCAGCCCAGCUACCUCAGGUCUGCUGUGGUGCUUCAGGCAGAAGCCCCAGCUGACUGUGAGAUGGUACUUCACUAGGUAAUGGCACCCGAUUUCCACACUUAUUACUAACUACCACCUCCAAUAUGCUAGAUUCUGUACUUCACAGAAUAUAAGCUAAAAUUGAAGAAUAAUGUAGUUUGUAGCUUGUGAUUUGAAUGGCUAAAUUUUACAUGUCUCAUUUCCAGAUGAAUGAUACCUUAUAUCUAAAAAUCCAGACUUGUAAAUAUUUCUUUACAGGGAGAUUCUUUUAUAAAAUGGCUAACUUUUACGUCAAGUGCAUGUAGAGCGCAGCGCCAUACAGAGCUCUGCCCUCCUCGGGGACGCGCUAGGGGAACUGAACCGCAGCCCACCUUGGAGCGCAGGGCAGCCCUCGCAGAGGAGGCCACCAGCUCCGCUGCCCUGAGGGCGCUGGAAGGUAGCCCGAGGCCUCCCACAUGCAUUCCCGACCCUGAAUUCUGGUGUUCAGGUGCAGGCCCUGUAGCAAAUUUUAACAAAACUCAAAUCCUAGGAGCGAGCAGAGACAAACAGUAUUUCCCAUUUUGAGAAGUUGCAGUCCACUUCUCCUUCCUCCUUCUCAGAGGAAAGUCAGAACAGAGCAUAUCUGAGAAUUAGGAGGUUUUGAGUUUUAACCAUGAAAAGACAUUUAAGUUUGGGGUAUAAGUUUUGGUAUAAGGUAAACCCAGAAUAUAAGACUGAAGACAGUCCAAAGUCUUCAUGCCUCCCAGAUGCUUUGGUACAAGUGGUUAGAUGUUGGAAGUGCCCAUCCUUCGGCUCCAGUUAUCCUCAAGUUCAGGGAACAAUGAAGCUCCUAGAGGGAGAGAAUAGAAUACUUCCAGGAAGCACCACAGGCCGUCAGCCUGGGCUUACAGACAAAAUCAGGCUUUUCUUUAAUAGUAAAAAUGUCGUUUGACACAAAUGGGAGGCUGCCCAAAGAAACGGCUGCUCCCAUGGGUCAGGUCCAGCGCCUGGGAGGCAACCAGACAGACAGCUGCUACCACCCAGGAGAAGACCCAGAUGAAUAGUGUUCAAGGCAAUAGGUAUAUGUCAAGUCAGACUAUCCUUCAGUAACUAAAGCAUAGCUAAGAGAAUUUUCUUCUCUGAGAUACAGCAGCAAAGAAGUUGGUGGCAUUUAACUUCCCACUGGAACACGUUAGACUGUUCGUCGAAGGGCUCUGACGUUAUGUCUCAGAUCCCUGGUUCAGAGAUCAAACGAAAAGUGCUAACGGAUCCAGGCUCAGUACCACGACGUCUCAGUCACUUCCCAGCCCCUGUCUUGCCCACUUCUGUUCAGCAGACUUAAGGGGGUCCUCCUUCUUCCAAAGAACCAAUUGAUUUUAAGACCUUACUUUUGGUGUCAAAGUGAGGGAGGUGAGGCACAAAGGUUCAGGACUUUGGUGGUGAGCGUGCAGACAGGCAACUCUCUGAUGGCAGCACGUGGUCAGGGGUGCCAGCCCACCCUGUAACCACUCAGAAAAUGAGUCGAAGUGUUAGGUAGUGGGACAGCUGUUCCCCAUUUUGCUGUUUAUUAGCCCAGCUUAUCAAACAUCAAAUUCUAUUUUCUGAGAAAUUCUAGAGUGAGGUCUCUUUACUUAGAACCUACUGUUAACAGCUUCGUUUACAGACUCCAGAUUUGGAGAAUCAUCUUGUCGCCUACAGUUCAUAAUUACUUGAAUUUAAGUGUAUUUCAAUCGUGAUCCUGCCCAACUAUGUAAGGUUUGCAUCCUACGUGGUUUCACUUUAAAAUCAAAGGUUUUGAUUACAGUUGAAGGACGAAAAGGUAUUCAAAUUCUAAAAGACUGGUUCAAGACCAAAAGAUUUGAAUGACAAAGGCUCUGGGUAGCCCAGUGUUUAAAAUCUGGGGCAAAGUCAGAGGAGUAAUUUUGGUACUAGCCUUGUUGAGUACGAUGAAUUGCGAAGUAAACAUAACUGAUCAUACGGUGGAGUAUCUAAUCUAGUCCAGAGCACCAUGCUCAAACUCCCUCAUAAACAAAAGUCAGCAAACCCACCACUGGUGUGUAGGCUUUCCUUUGUUUUCCCACAGUCUGCUUCCACCAGAAAAAUGUUUCCAGUUUCGUCCGAAGGCCAAUAAUCUAGGUCUUCCUAACCUGAACAAAUCCAACAAAUAUCUAAGUACCUACAGUGCGCGAGGCUGUCCUUUGGAAGUUACUAGGCCAGUUUAAGUGGCAUUCACUAAAUAUCCAAAUGAAAAUGCUGGGCAGGGAAAGUGUCAGGAAGGCGUGAGAAAGUGACAUUUAGGUGCAAAGGGAAGUAGGAGGAAGUGCACACCGGGCGCAGACUAGCAAGGGGGUAGUUUUGUUCCUUUUAGGAUGAGGAGGAGAGGAGGGGGU